GGGCGUGCGGGGGAUGGCUUUUCGGCGGCGCCCGGGCCGGCCUCCGUGGGAGUCGCGGCUGAGGGCUGCGUGGCGUCCGCUCCGGCUCUGGUACCGGCACCGGCUCCGGCUCCGGCUCGGGCUCGGGCCCCCGCGCCGGCUGCGCGCGCAGUCCCCCUCCCCGCAGACCGCCUCCCGCGCGGCCGCCCGGAGACCCCGGAGACUUGGACCGCUGAGCCGGAGGCGGCGGCGGGGGCGCGAGCUCCGACCAGCGUGUCGGCGGCGCCGCAGGAUUCACAGAUGGAUUCGGUGGAAAAGACAGCACACAGAAGUGAACACAAGUCAAGAAAGUUUUUAAAAAGCCUCAUCCGGAAACAGCCUCAGGAGCUGCUCCUGGUGAUGGGGACGGGGGUCAGCGCGGCCGUGGCCCCGGGAAUCCCGGCGCUCUGCUCGUGGAGGAGCUGCAUCGAGGCCGUCAUCGAGGCCGCCGAGCAGCUGGAGGUGCUGCACCCGGGGGAUGUGGCCGAGUUCCGCAGGAAGGUGACGAAGGACAGGGACCUGCUGGUGGUCGCCCACGAUCUGAUCCGGAAGAUGUCCCCGCGCACGGGCGACACCAAGCCCAACUUCUUCCAGGACUGCCUGAUGGAGGUUUUCGACGACCUGGAGCGGCACAUCCAGAACCCGCUGGUGCUGCAGUCCAUCCUCAGCCUGAUGGAGCGGGGCGCCAUGGUCCUCACCACCAACUACGACAACCUGCUGGAGAUCUUCGGGCAGCAGCAGAGCAAGCCCAUGGAGUCUCUGGAUUUGAAGGACAAGACCAAGGUCCUGCAGUGGGCGAGGGGGCACAUCAGGUACGGCGUGCUGCACAUCCACGGCCUGUACACCGACCCCUGCGGCAUGGUGCUGGAUCCUUCGGGGUAUAAGGACGUGACUCAAGACCCGGAAGUCAUGGAAGUUCUCCAGAACCUGUACCGCACCAAGUCGUUCCUGUUUGUGGGCUGCGGAGAGACGCUGCGGGAUCAGAUCUUCCAAGCCCUCUUCCUCUACUCGGUGCCCAACAGGGUGGAUCUGGAGCACUACAUGGUCGUGCUCAAGGAGAGCGAGGACCACUUCUUUAAGCACCAGGCAGACAUGCUGCUGCACGGGAUCAAAGUGGUGUCCUACGGGGACUGCUUCGACUAUUUCCCGGCGUACGUGCAGGACCUCGCCUCGCAGAUCUGCCAGCAGCCAAGCCCAGAUGCUGAGCGAGUGGACAGCACCACGUCCUUGGGUAAUGCGUGCCAGGACUGCGCAAAGAGGAAGUUAGAAGAAAAUGGAAUUGAAGUUUCGAAAAAACCCAGGCAGUCUGAUACCGAUGAUGCUGGGGGGUCUUGAAAUCUUUAAAACCAACACAACCUGCAACUUGAAAAGCAGCCUCUGGAACCACAGUGCCCUCUGAAGCCACGAGGAAUGUUAGGGAAAGCCGCGCCGGACCUCUGGAGCCAACCGCCAAGACCCCCAAAGAACCACGCGGGCGUGCGGGCCCCGCGCCCCACUGGGUAACUGCUCCAGAGGCGAAGGUGUCCUCGGGGGACCGACAGCCACCACCUCAGAGACCAGCUGAGGGUGGGGUACCUGGCCUGCCCCACUCCCAGGUGACAGGGCCUCUUCGUCAGGGUUUUUUUCCUAUUAAAAGGGGGAGAGUGAAGACUGUCCAAGCAACAGUAGCUGCCAAAGAGAAAAUAAGAAACUAGACACUUAGAUUUAUAUAACUUUUAGGUAGAAACGUCUGUUACUGUGGGAACAAGCGAGAUGCCUGUUCAAUAGUGAAGACAGCACUGAGCACGCGGGCGGGAGCCGCGCGCACACGCACACGAAGACUCGCUGGGUCCCGGGGCUUCUCGGGAGUCGGUCCUUUUGGUGACUUUGUUUCCGAAGAACAGCGGGCUGAGUGCUGCGGAGCCCGCAAGAGCCAGAGGCCUGCGCACAAGCCCGGUGCAGGGUCGGCACAUGGGUUGGUGAUGGUUACCUGAGAAGCUGCAAGUUACAUGUUUAGUUAAGUCAAUUUCAAGGUUUUCAAGCCUUCUUUCUGUGGGUUAAGGUCCAGCCUUUCUGCUCUCAGCUCUUAAAUUCUCCCCAGGGCCCACGUGAAAGGAUUUGCACAGAGCGGAGCAGGCACAAGUUCGUCUGUGCCGUUUUAGAGUCCUCGGGGUUCUCCCAGGGCAGAGCCGCCUGGGCUGUGUGCCUGUGCCCGGUGGCCCCUGGUCCUGGCUCAGCCCUGCUUGGCAUCUGUGCCAAGGCUGCCUGUUUAGUAGCUCCCUGCGGACGUAAAGAAAGUGAACAAGAAACGUGAGGCUGGGAAGUGUAGGGAGAGAGAAGCCAGAGCUGCUGAAGGCCUUUUCUUUUUCUCUUUGAAGCAUGGAAAACGGAUCUUUUAUGUCACUCUUGUCAAAAA